AUGGCGACAAAAAUACAGUAUAGCGUUCAUACAACGAACAAAUAUUCAGUGUUUGAUACUGAUGCUUCCGAUGAAGAUCAUCGUGAUAAAAAUAUAAAAAAAAAAACUCAAAAAAUAAAUGAAAAACGUGAGCAUGAAACUAGUAAACAUGAGCCUGAACCUGAAGAAAUAAGUGAAGUUAAGGAAAUUUCUUUACCAACAAUAAAAGAAUAUAAUACAAAGAAAAUACCUAACACAUAUUAUGAUAGAUAUAAUAAAUACCCAAACAAUAUAAUAAAUGAACCACAUGAAAAUAGUUAUAUGAGAGGUUAUAGAGACACAUAUAAUACCCGAGGAAGUAAUUUAAGAAAUAAAUUUACAAGAAAAAGAGGAAGCUAUAGCAAUACUUCUACAAAUUUAAUGGUAAAUAGUAAUUUUUAUAGGGGAUCACGAAAUUAUGAUUAUAAAAUGGAUAGACGAAAUUACAAUCCAUCCUACAAUUAUAAUAAAUUCGACUAUAGAGAAAAAAUGUUUAAUGAUUAUAAUUCAAAGUAUGAUAAUAUGAAAAGAGAUAAUUAUGGUGAGUCAUCAAAUAAUGGUAGAAAACAUGAAGCAGUUACAAUUGAUUAUGAUUUAUAUAGAAAACAACAAGAAAAAAAAUUAAAUCUUAGCAAAAAUCUUGAAAAUGCAAAAAAAAAUAAAAAUGAAAUAAAUGAAAAGAGUGAAAAAAAUAACAAAAUAAAUAAUUAUUCAAAACGUUAUGAUAAUAAUACAGAUGAAAAUAAUAAAGUAGAAAAUACAAAAAGAAAAGCAAUAAAUGUUUAUCAAUAUAUUUUAGAGGAGGGGGGACGUGUUGAUAGACUUCCAGGGUUUAGAAGAAAUUUUAGAAAUUUAAAAAAAGAUAAUCAUGAUAAUUGGAAUAAUAAAAAUGAUACUAAAUCAAAAACACCAUAUGAUGAAAAAUAUUUUAAAAAAAGAGAUCCUCCAAAUAUAAAUGAUACAAGAGCUUUCCCAUCAUUAACUAGUAAAUAA